AUGAGUAGGGCCGUCAGAACUCUGUUCAUUGCAUCACUGCUUUUGCCGAGCAUAAUUGCUUUCAGUCUGCUUGCUAACCGACAACCCAAAGCGUCCUUUUUGGACGAUCCUCCGAGUGAUUACUUUAGCAGAACAUCGAUGGAUGAUUGCGUACAAAGAUUCUACUCGGAGCCAGAAAAAUUUAAUACAAGACCUGGAGUUUAUGGCGGCUUUCGUGCGUAUUCUGGUGAAUUUCAGCACAUGGCGGCCAUCGGUUGGAUUCGGUCCAAUGGGAAAAUCGACUAUCUUUGUGGUGGGUCGCUGAUAACCGAUGACUUCGUACUCACUGCAGCCCAUUGUGCUGUUGACCACGACAAUAUUGCCCCGAGUACGAUACGAGUUGGAGACACCGAUCUCGGCAGCAAAAAGGAUGACGAAUAUGCACAACAGGUCGGAAUCGGCCGCAUUAUUGUGCACCCCCAGUACCGGGGAUCGCGAAAGUACUUCGAUCUAGCGUUGAUUCAACUGGCAGAGCCCAUCGAAUACUCGGAGACAGUUUGUUCGGCGUGUCUGUGGCGAGAACCUUCGUUGCCUUCUGAGCGAAUGGAUGCCAUCGGGUUCGGUAGUACCGGUUGGGGGGAGGGACGCAGUCCGACGUUGAUGAGGGCGGAAGUAGACAAGAUCGAGCUGUCUAGUUGCGUCGAGAGAAUAGUCACCAGACGGAGGCAAAUGCCGGACGGAUUUCGAGACGAUCAGUUCUGUGCGGUCGGUGACGAUAUGGACACCUGUGAGGGUGACUCGGGUGGACCGAUCGGUGUGAAGCGAUUAAAUGUGGGAGGUUUUGUAGUUCCGAUGGUGGUGGGUGUCGUAUCGUUCGGGACACCCUGUAGCGCAGGAUCAAGCGGAGUGUACACUAAGAUUAGUCCUUACAUAGAUUGGAUCGAACGGGAGAUAGACCAAACUCUAACCUAUGGAGAAUGUUUGGAAGAUUGGGACUGCUUACGACCCCAAAAUUCGACCACAGUUAAUUAUGCGAAUCACGACCCCCUUCAGCGGUUUGGAUUAAUCUGGGACGACACUUCGCCAUCCUUGCACGAUUGUGGAGCUACGCUGAUCGACUACCAGUAUCUGCUGACAUCCGCUUCCUGCGUCACAACCGAUCGCGGAGAUCCAAAGUACGUGUCUUAUGAUGGCAAAGAACGUAUCGCCGUGAAGGAUGUUUAUGUGUCCCCAAAAUAUAUUCGAGGACGUCCAGGAAACGACGUCGCUCUCGUGAAGAUCGCAAAGUUCACCAAUCCGAAGGUACAUCGCCCAUCCUGCCUUUGGAACCGUCGUACCGACGGCGAAUGGAGCACGAAUCCUGUAGUUAGUGCGUACCAAGUAACGUCGAAAACAGCAUCGGAGUGGUUCACCAGAACCAUCUCGAUUAUUCCUAUGGACAGAAAAGAUUGCAAAGCCGAUGGAUUCCUGGGUAGUGAUUUGAUUCGGUGCCACAACGAGGUCAAGAUGGUACCGCGACUUUGUUCGUUGGACUACGGCGCCCCGGUGACCAAUGUUAGAUAUCAAGAAACGGAUCCUAAUUACAUCUACGGCGUAGUAUCAUCGCUUACUAAGGAUUGUGGAUCAAACUUGAUCGCAACGGACGUUACGCCACACAUCGACUGGAUUGAAUCGAUCAUCAUCCGGCGACGAGACCAAAUGCUCAUAUUUUCAGACUAG